AUGCGAGUUAAGCGGAAGAACGCAGCAGCCGAAGGUGAAAAGGCCGAAGCAGCGCGACAGGCGGAGUUGCGCAGGUAUGAAGAAGAGCAGGAGCGCCUCUACAAACUGGAGCUUGCCGCCCGUGAGGCACUCGAAGAAGAAUGGACCCGUGCAAUGGAGGCGCAUCGGCAGCGGGAGAUGGAGCUGCAGCGCGCCAUAACAGAGAGGGAACUGCGGCGUGGCUUUGAAGAACGCGAAAAGAAACUAACUGACGAACUGCACGGCAAGGAGGUAGAGGUGCUGGAACUGCGGGCGAAACUCUGCGGACUACAGCAGGGCCUUACGACCAUCCAGCAGGAGCGCGAAUCGGUGAUGCGUCGCCUGUCUAUGGUUAGCAAUGAGCUCGAACUGGCGCAGAUCAAGUACGUGGAAUGUGACUCACUUGUAGAGAAGACUACUAAUGAGUACAGCGAAAAGCUGCGGGAGGUGGAGCGGGCACGCGACUCUCUCAUGGAGGACCACCAACAACUCCGUGCAGAAAACGAACGACAAAAGCGAGCGUAUGAAGAUCUGGAAAAUCAGUUCAACGAAGCCAAAUCAACGUACUUAGCGAAGGUUGAUGAGCGGCUCGAAACCGUUGAGCCCCAAAGUGCCGAUGCAGAGACUGCUCUGCUUCUGAAGGUGCUCAAUGAAGAGGUAGAAAAACACCGCGAAACCGCGCGGCUCCUGCAGGCAGAGCUCGAGCGUAAGGGCCGCGAUGAGGAGAAGAGCAGUGUGCUCGUCACCUUGCUCAACUCGCAGCUGGAAAACACCCGCGACGAGGUGAAAAGGCUGCAUGAGGUGUCAAAGGGAAGACUUCAUCAGUUGGAAAGCGUUCAGAGCCUUCUAGAUUCAGAGAGAGAGAAGGCGAAGACUCUCUAUCGUGACCUUGACGUCGCUCACGCUGAGGCAACGGUGGAGCGACGGCAAUUCAAUCUUGAGAUUGGUGUACAUAAGGCGCAGGUGGAGGAACUCACAAAAGCACUUCAGCGAGCACAAGGUGAACUUGCAGAUACCAAGAACGAAUUCGAGGUUUAUAAGAACAAGUCAAUGGAACGUGAACAGGGUGACCUUCAGGUGAACAUCGCACUGAAAGCGGAGGUGGAGCAGGCUAAGAAGGAUUUCACGAAGGUAAAUGAGGACCUACGGACCGUAACCGAAGAGGCCUACACAACAAAAGCUGUCUUACGCGCUGAAGUCGAUAGUCUUAAGGUUCGCCUUCAGAGACUACAGGAGAAUGCUGAGAGGAGCGAGCGUGAGUCCUUUGAAACAAUAGCAGUACUUCGAGCGAGUGAGGAAAGACUUCUGGAAGAAAAGAACUUUUCUGCGAAGAACCACGAGGAAAUGACACGCUCCUUACGUGAUGAGAUUCGCUCUGUCUGCAAUGAGCGUGAUGUAUUUAGGGCUGAGGUGGAGAAAAUAACUGCGGAGAAAGUGGAGGUUGAAAGGGACCUUUAUCAGCGGCUACUUCGCAUGACGGCAAACCAUGAUCGGCUUCACGAAGAGGUGGAGAGGCUUACGGGAACGUACUCUUCUCGUGAGAAGGAAUUCAUCGAGAAUGCCAUAUUCACCAAUGCUGAGAAGGAAACAUUGAGAGCGAAGGUUGAGGAACUGACCGCGACUCUCGAAAAGCGGAAGGAAGAGCAUGCGAACCAUGUACAGCAGAUAACUACAGACCUGAUGGACCUCCGUGAUAGACUUGAAAGGGAAAUAUCUAAGCAGCAGCUUCUACUCAAGGCAGAAAAAGAGCGUGCAGAAGGUGCGGAAGAGGAGGUGUCGUCGCUGAAGCGUCAGGUUUCGGGUUAUGUGGCAGAGGUAGGGCUGUUGAACCGCAAACGGGAAGAAAUUGAGGGAACAAUGAAGGCUGAGAUACGUGACCUUCGUAUGGAAUUGGGUGCGGCGAAACGGACCAUCGAACGGUUUGAAUGUACACUCGGUGAUUUCACAUACAAGUCAAUUCGAGAGGCAAACGAUCGUCUGCUUCGCGAGGUGGAACAUCAACGAGAAAAGAUAGCCACACUUAACGACACUAUAUCUUCCAUGAAGGUUGAAUCGACCAUUAUGGAGACUUACAAGGAGAAGAUGCUCUCCGAGCAGAAUGAGAAAUAUUCUAUUCAUAUUCAACACUUGGAGCGGUUGCGGCAGAUGAUAAACCCUCUUUUCUUCGAGUUGCGCUCAAUUGUCGAGAAGCACGGGCUCGUUGGCCCCCUUCGGCGCGACCUAGACGCGUAUGAUGAGCACGUCCGCCGCUCCCGCAUUGUUUUUUCCCAGCCAACGGCGAGCUCUCUGCAUGUACAGGAGGAGAAAAACGCUACCAAGUCAUCUCCUGCUGUUGCUAAUUCUGUUGCAGCGGGGGCGGCAUGUAAAGAGCCGAUAGGUACGGAUAUGUUAGUCGGUCGGGGGUGCGAUACGCUGCCAGCCGUAGCCCAUCAGACAGCAGUCGAAUAUGAGAAACCCGAACGCAUUGCUUUGGUUCCUCACAAACCUGCGACUACGCAGCAGGCAGUAGCGGAGCACGGCUAUCACUAUGUGUUGCCUCGUAUCAGUUAA